AUGAGCAUCGUGGAUAUACAUCGAUUACAGACCCGGAGGGGUUUCGAGGGCCAGAAUAUUUACUUCCACAAAAACCACCCUAUUCAAUUCGUCUGCCUGGCCGGCUACAUCGUGACGCGCGACGAAUACGAGCGCCGCACCGUGCUCACAAUCGACGACAGCAGCGGCUCCAUUAUUGAAGUUGUGUGUCUCAAAGCGCCGAUCACAGAUACCACCGAAACMAGUACUCCUACCACUACCGCUGCCACUACAACAGCAGCAGAAAUGAUAAACGUAACAUCCACAACCCGCGCACCCAUCGACAUCUCAAUCCUCCGUAUCGGCACAUGCGUAAAAUUCAAGGGCACACUAUCCCCCAAAUUCAAGACCCAUACACCAACAAUGACAGUAAUCCUCGAACGCUUCUGGCAUUUAACCGACACAAACUCCGAAGUCAGAUUCUGGAACGAGCGGUCCCGGUUUAUGAUUGAUGUCCUUUCCCAACCGUGGUACUUAUCGGCGGAUGACGUUGAGGAAUUACGGAAACAAGCACAAUCGCAAGAACGAAAAGUGAUAAAGGAUCGACAGCGGAAACAGGAGAGGCAGAAACGUGAGCAGGAGAGGGAGGAGAGGUAUCAGAGACGGGUUAUGAGAAGGUGGGAAGCUGAACAGAAGGUGCGAGAGGCGGAGGAGGAGCGUGUGAGGUUGGAUAAUAAACGACUAGAAAAGUGGUUGGCUCUGAAGAGGGAGCCGAAGGAAUAA